CUAGUGGUUUGUGUUUAAAAAAUAAACUGAAACCGGUCACAUUGAUUUUUUGUAAUAUUGCAUUUUGGCCCGGAUUAAUUUAUUUAUUUGCUUAAAUGGACCUACACACGCUCCUGCAACGUGCCCAGAACCUUACCAAUGAGGCGAGGGCAGAUUGCGAACUGCCGCCGGUGGAGAGGACGCUCCAACAGGUCCUCCAGGCCACCAAUGAGCUGCACGCGCGCGUCACACAGACCGGCGGGAAAGAGAUCCAGGCGCACAUCUUGCUGGGCUCCAAGGGCGUGGACCUGCCCAAGUUGAACCAGAAGUUGGAGGCCCUGAGUGCACGCAAAACCUUUGAGCCACUGGACGUUGUUAAGGCCGACACGGAUGUGUGCACCUUCCUGAAGAGCGAGCGCGAGAAUGCCAUUCUUUCGGUGAUCGAGGAUACCAACAAGAAUAUCAGCGACUCUGUGAGCAAGCAGAAGUGGGCCACGAUGAACAGUGUGUGGAAUGAGGAGAAAACCCGGCUGCUGGACGCCUUGGUGGCCCCCUCCCAGAACUUUAUCGACCUCCAGCGCCUGCCCGAGCCCACCAUCUUGAAUCAGUACUGCCAGCCACGAUCCUGCCUCGACAGCAUGGAACUACUGUACGCCCAGGAGAUUCGGCAGUACAACGAGUUGUUGCUGAAGGGCAGCAACCGUCCAAAUCUCGUGCAAAAGUUCGCCCAGUUGGCCAGCAGUUUCCGGGAUCCGCAGCUCACAGACAUGUGGACUCUUCUGGCCUGCGUGACGCAAGUGGGUGAGCCGCUGAAUUCCGAUCCCGUCAAGAGCCGUCAACAACGACCGGAGUUCGUGGCCUAUGCCAAAUCCUACUUGGAGCGCCGCUACAAGCUAUACAUGUCGUCGCAGGCGGGUGGCUGCUCCUCCAGCUCCCAACUGGCGCUUGCCUACGUAAGCCACCGCUUCAGUACACAGCAAACCAUUGGCCUCGUGGAUACGGUAGGCGGCAAGCCCCUGUGGCCGCUAGUCUACUACGGCCUGCGAUGCGGAUCCACCGAGACGGCGGUUAAGUUCCUGCGGGAGGCGGGAGCCAGUCACGACGACUUUGCGCAGCUGAUUGAGGACAGGAAUGCGGGUGAGAGUAAUUCCCGAAUCGAGAGCCAGCUGAGGCUGCAAUACGCCAACAAGAUUCGCAACUCCACGGACGCCUACAAGAAGGCCGUUUACUGCAUUCUCUUGGGCUGCGACGUCAACGAGGUGCACGGCGAGGUGGCCAAGACUAUUGACGACUUCCUGUGGAUCCGACUGUCAAUGCUCCGUCCGGGUGACGCCGUCGGCUACGGCCAUCUGCAGGCGCUGAUUCUGGAGAAAUAUGGCGAGAAGUACUUUAAUGCCAGCCAGCAGCCAUACCUCUACUUCCAAACCUUGGCCCUCACGGGGCAGUUCGAGGCCUCCAUCGAGUUCAUGGCUCGGCGGGACUCCACUCGUGUCCAUGCUGUACACAUGGCCAUUGCCUUGCACGAGUUGGGCCUGCUGGGCGGAGCUCGCAGCGUUUCGCAGCCACUGCUCUCCAUCGACAUCGUCGAUCCCCAGCCACUGCGACGCCUGAACCUGGCCCGUCUCAUCCGGCAUUAUGUGCAGCGAUUCGAGCGCACGGAUACCACGGAGGCCCUGCACUAUUACUACACGCUGCGUUGCCUGAGAGAUCCCAAAGGCCGCAACAUGUUCCUCUCUUGCGUUUGCGAUCUGGUGGUGGACAGUGGUGUCCUGGACACCUCCAGAUUCGACUUGAUAUUCGGCUCGCGCCAGGUUGGGGGUGACCAGGAUGAGGUUACAGGUGGCCUCUUCCAUCAGUUCAAUUGUCCGGAGUUCGACACCCGAACCAUGGCCGGCCUGGUUGCCGAUGAGCUGGCUUCGCGCGGAAACUUUGAGAUGGCGGUGCGUCUCUACGAAAUGGCUGGCAGGUACAAUCUUGCCCUGAAGCACUUGUCCAUUUUGCUGGCCCAAGUGGUGCAGUUGCCCACGCUUGAGGGCUCGUUACGGGCCCGCCUGGGACCGGAGGCGCAGCGCUUUAGCCGGCUUCUGGCCAGCGAUAGCAUCGAAGUGGAGCCCAAGAUGAGGUGCAGCUUCGUGCUGCUGCACGACCUGCUCUUGUUCUUUAACUAUUUUCACGAUGGUAAACUCAGUGCUGCCCUGGAGCAGCUGCAGCACACGCGACUGAUGCCUAGUACAACCGACGAUGUGGAGUUCUGUCUGGCCAAUGUGAAGAGGCUCAGCGGGGAGGUGAUCAAGGUGGUGCCCGACGUAAUUGUGGCAGCUAUGGAGAUUACCCACAACCAGUACAAGAAACUGAAAGCAGACGGUAACGCCGGCGCGCUGGACCAGAGCCAGAUGCACUCACUGAGGGAGCGGGCAAAGGCGCUGUCCAACAUGGCUGCAACCAUGCCGUAUCGCCUGCCCUACGACAUUAAUCGGCGGCUGAUGCAGCUGGAACUAGUAAUGUACUGAAUAAAGGUCUCUUAAGCUCUGAAAA